ACCCCCGCAAUCACCAUGAAAUUCGCCGUCGUGUUUAUGUGCCUGAUGCCGUUCGUGCUCAGCGCCAGUGUCAACGAGAGGUUUAUCGAGAGCCUGCUGGGAGGAUACGACAUCCUAGAUUUGGCCAAGCAGCUCCUUGGUCAGUUUGGUACUGACGAAACCGAGGCUCAAUGUGAAUCCACUUUCUGCCCUGAACUGGUGAACAAAAUUGACGGACACAAUGCACUAAUCACAAACCUGUUAUGUGCUGCUGUCUGCAAAGAGGCACAGGUUCUCGCACAAAACUACGUUACAACCGCUAUGCCAAUUGGUGGGAAAUAG